AGCGCGUCCCCGCGGUGGAGGAUUGGCCGCGGCCUGGCCUUCCUGCACGGAUCGGACUCGAGUUCUGGUCGGGAAAUGGGUCCUACCGGACGCCUGGUGACCAUCAAAAGGAGCGGGGGCGACGGCCACCACUUUCCGCUGAGCCUGAGCACCUGCUUGUUUGGGAGGGGUAUCGAAUGUGACAUUCGUAUCCAGCUUCCUGUCGUGUCUAAACAGCACUGCAAAAUUGAAAUCAAUGAGCAGAAGGCAGUCUUGUUUAAUUUCAGUUCCACAAAUCCAACACAGGUGAACGGAUCUGCUAUCGACGGACCCGUACAACUGAAGCAUGGCGACGUGAUCACUGUCAUUGACCGCUCUUUCAGGUAUGAAAAUGACGGAAGCAAGUCAACUGAAUUUCCAGGACAGAGAUGUGAACAGGCAUCUCCACGGCGGGUCUCCAGGUCUAGCUUCUCUUCCAACCCUGAUGGGAAAGUUCAAGAUCCCAGUGCUGCCUGCUCACCACCCACUGAAGCAGGUGUUUCAGGAGGGCCCCUGGAACUCCGGGAGGAUGUCGCGGCGACCCGCCCCGUCUCACGGCGCUCUGAAGGCCCUGCUACCAGGAGCACAGCUGAUGGUCACUUCUCAGAGCCCCCCGGAGGCAACCGCAGAAGUGCAACCAGUCCCACAGCUGGGGAGCUCGGAGAAGGUUCCUGUGUGACAUUCGUGAGCGGAGAUGGAGGCCUGGAGUCUCUUCCCUCCACACAGUGCCUUGAGAAGGGUGGAGAGGAUGAAUCUCCCUUUCGGAAACUUUAUGAGUCUAUGAAGGAAGAGUUAGAUGUGAAGUCAGAAAAAGAGAAUGUUCUACAGAAUCGUAGAAAAUCGGGGUCACGGGGUCACUGCCCAUCAGAAUCCCAAAGUGCUGAUGAUUCACAGGGUGAGACACAACUGGGGGUCUCACCCAAGUCCAGGCGGAGAUCUGGCCGGAGCACCCAAACUAAGGCCACCCCUGCCCUGGGGCAGCAAGCUAGCAGCCAGACGGAGGAAGAACGCACAGGUGAGGGGCCUGGGCAGACUCUCGAGGUCACCGAGAGGCCCAGCGUCCCCCCCACAGAGCCGACCAAAGCCAAGACCCCUGUCCAGUGUUCACACCAGAAUUCCUCAUGGAAACGCCAGAGUGGAGGCCUGAGUGUUCCCCGAAGGGCUGAACCUGUGAUUCUGGAGCAAAGUAAAGGCUUCAGGACAGACAAUGCAGUGUUGACUCCCAAGAGGUUCUCAACUAGACGCCAAACAGAUGCUAAAGCUGAAGACGCUGCUGACUUUGGAAAUACACCAGAAAAAGUCUUUUCCAGAAAGAGGCGGAGCAGCCUCCCCCCAAGUGCCGACACCCUGUCUAUAGAAACAAAAGUUCCAGAGCAAACCGUGCCUGCCCCCCUGCAGGUCCCCACGGAGAAGAAGGUUCGGGGCCGUUCCCAUGGCACACCCGAGCAGCUGGGCACCCCAGCUGGGUCACCGGGUCUCAGUUCCGUCGAUGUCAGCAACUUGGGUGAUUCCACUAAUAAGACUGAGGGAAUGCCCUUGAAAAGAAGACGAGUCUCCUUUGGGGGUCAUCUGCGACCUGAAUUAUUUGAUGAAAACUUACCUCCUAAUACCCCUCUCAAAAGAGGAGAAACACCAAUGAAGAGAAGGUCUCUUGUAACCCACUCUCCAGCUGUCCUGAAGAAAAUCAUCAAGGAACAGUCUCAGCCAUCAGGAAAAGAAGAAGCUUCAGAAAUCCGUUUCGAAGUGACCACACAAAACACGUUUAGGGGCUCCCCAGUUCAUAAUUUUGCGAAAACGACUCCAGCUGCAAAUGACGGUCGCCGGCGGUCAUCUAAGCCCUCUGCCCCGAGUGGCAGAGAAUCUCCACAGCAGACAGAUGUUCCUAAGAGGGGAGGGAGGAGGAGCAGCGGCGUGCCGUCCAAGAGGGCCUCCGUGGACCGAAGCCAGCAUGAAAUCCUACAGAUGAUUCACUCCAGGAGGAGGAGCGGAGCCUCGGAAGCCAAUUUAAUAGUGGCGAAAUCGUGGGCAGACGUAGUAAAACUUUGUGCUAAGCAAACACAAACGAAAGUCGUGAGACAUGGUCCUCCAAGACAGCCAAGCAAAAGGCAGAGGAGAAUGAGUGCCCCGAAGAAGCCUCCGGGCAGUGUUCACAGUGAGUUCAGCACAGGCCACGCCAACUCUCCCUGCACCAUCGUCAUAGGGAAAGCUCACAUCGAAAAGGUCAACAUGCCUGCUCGACCCUACCGAAUGCUCAACAACUUCAUGUUCAACAAGAAAAUCGACUUUAAUGAAGACCUUUCAGGGCUAACUGAAAUGUUCAAGACCCCGGGGAAAGAGAAGCCACGGAAGAUGAGCAUAUGUCUCACCACUUUUGCAAAUUCAGAGGACUUGCUUGGAAAACAGUUUCAAGUAUCUAAUUCAGAAGAAAAACCUCUGCUACAUACCCCAGAACAUUUUGGAGAGAAUGUGUUCCCUGGGGCUCAGAAUGUACAAGAAGAGUCAUGGGAUAAAAAGUCUUCAAGCCCGGCCUUCACACAGCAGUGUAUCACAGUAAAUGAAAAUACGAGAACUCCACGAUCGGAGAAACAGCCACUGAAGGCAGCAUCCGGUGCAAACAAAUCCAGGAGGUCUGCGGAGCUCAGAACCAUACAGAUGAUGGGAGCAGAGAGUGAAAAGGAAGACAAAGAAGUCGACACAGCUCAGAACAUCCUGGGCAGAUGUUUGAGGAAAUCAGCAGUACAAGCACAACUACUAGAGGGAGAGAUGGAGGGAAGUGAGAGAUCCUUUGAAACCUGUAAGAAAAAUAUCGAACCAAAAGAAAAUUCUGAAAAGCUGAUUGCUGUGAGGAGAUCAAGAAGAUCUUCAGAGCCAAAAUGUGUACCAAGACCAGACGUGGUCACCAUCAAGAGAUCGCAAGAGAUAGAAUCCAAGGAAGACCUGGUGGGCAUGCACAGUUCUCUCCGAACUCCCUGUCAUGGUGAGGAACCGGUAAAUACAGAAAACAAAACCACAAUGAUGUACUGCAAAUCUCCAGACCCAUUCAGCACACCAACCAAGAUGAGCACACGGAUCAAGACGCCUUCCCAGAGUGUGACCAUAGAAGACCUCUCAGCACUCAGGAAGCCCACACAGACGCCAGGGGACAUGACCCCCAUGCACAAAGAACCAGUAGGUGGUGACAAAAGCAUGAAAGCAUUGAAGGAAGCUCCAGAACUGAAACUGGAUUUAUCAGAAAAUGUAACUGGAUGCAGGAGGAGGUCAAGAACACCCAAGAGGAAGGUCAAAUCCAUGGAAGACCUGGCCGGCUUCAAAGAGCUCUUCCAAACUCCAGACCACAUUUUGGAACCAGUGACUGAUGACAAAACCACCAGAAUACCUUGCAAAUCUCCACAAGCAGAGCCAGUUAACACACCAACCAGCACAAAGAGACGCUUCAGGACACCUCUGGGGAAAGUGGAGGUGGAGGAACAGCUCUCAGCCCUCAGGAAGCCGUCACCAGGGGAAACCACGCGCUCACGUAGCGAACCAGAAGGUGAUGAUAAACGUAUCAAACCGUUUAAGGAAACUCCAAAGCAGAAACUGGACUCAGCAGAAAAUGAAACUGGAAGCAGGAGGAGGUCAAGAACACCCAAGAGGAAGGUCCAACCCAUGGAAGACCUAGUCGCUUUCAAAGAGCUCUUCCGAACACCCAUUCACAUUGUGAAACCAGUGACUGAUGACAACGCCAUAAUAUCCUGCAAAUCUUCACAAGCAGAGCCAGUCAGCACACCAACCAGCACAAAGAGAAGCUUCAGGACACCUCUGAGGAAAGUGGAGGUGGAGGAACAGCUCUCAGCCCUCAGGAAGCUCACAGCAACACCAGUGGAAACCACAAACUCACAUAGAGAACCAGAAGGUGAUGAUAAAAGCACUGGAUUCUUCAAGGAAACUCCAGAACAGAAACUGAACUCAGCAGAAAAUGUAACUGGAAGCAGAAAGAGGUCAAGAACACCCAAGAGGAAGGUCCAGCCCAUGGAAGACCUGGCCGGCAUCAAAGAGCUCUUCCAAACUCCAGACCACAUUUUGGAACCAGUGACUGAUGACAGAACCACCAGAAUACCUUGCAAAUCUCCACAAGCAGAGCCAGUUAGCACACCAACCAGCACAAAGAGACGCUUCAGGACACCUCUGGGGAAAGUGGAGGUGGAGGAACAGCUCUCAGCCCUCAGUAAGCCAACACCAGGGGAAACCGCACACUCACGUAGUGAACCAGAAGGUGAUGAUAAACGUAUCAAACCGUUUAAGGAAACUCCAAAGCAGAAACUGGACUCAGCAGAAAAUGAAACUGGAAGCGGGAGGAGGUCAAGAACACCCAAGAGGAAGGCCCAACCCAUGGAAGACCUAGUCGCCUUUAAAGAGCUUCUCCGAACACCCAUUCAUUUUAUGGAAACAGUGACUGAUGACAACACCGAAAUAUCCUGCGAAUCUCCACAAGCAGAACCAGUCAGCACACCAACCAGCACAAAGAGAAGCUUCAGGACACCUCUGUGGAAAGUGGAGGUGGAGGAACAGCUCUCAGCCCUCAGGAAGCUCACAGCAACACUAGGGGAAACCACACAGUCACAUAGAGAGCCAGAAGAUGACGAUAAAAGCAUCAAACCAUUUAAGGAAACUCCAAAGCAGAAACUGUACUCAGCAGAAAAUAUAAUAGGAAGCAGGAGGAGGUCAAGAACACCCAAAAGGAAGGUCCAGCCCAUGGAAGACCUGGCCGGCAUCAAAGAGCUCUUCCAAACUCCGGAUCACAUUGUGGAAACAGUGACUGAUGACAGAACCACUAGAAUAGUGUGCCAGUCUCCACAACCAGAACCAGCCAUCACUUUCACCAGUGUCACCAGACAACUCAAAACACCUCUGGGAAAAAUGGAUGUGGAGAAACAGCUCUCACCACUCACCAAGCUCACAGCAACACCAGGGGACAACACACACUCACAUAGAGAGCCAUUUAAAGAAACUCCAGAAGAGCAACUGGAUUCUGCAGUAUAUGUUACUGGAAGUAGGAGGAGGUCAAAAACACCCAAGAGGAAGGUCCAACCCAUGGAAGACCUGGCCGGCAUCAAAGAGCUCUUCCAAACUCCGGAUCACAUUGUGCAACCAGUGACUGAUGACAGAUCCACCAGAAUGCCCUGCAAAUCUCCAAAAGCAGAGCCAGUCAGCACACCAACCAGCACAAAGAGAAGCUUCAGGACACCUCUGGGGAAAGUGGAGGUGGAGGAACAGCUCUCAGCCCUCAGGAAGCCACCACCAAGGGAAACCACACAGUCAUGUAGAGAACCAGAAGGUGAUGAUAAAAACACUGGAUUCUUUAAGGAAACUCCAAAGCAGAAACUGGACUCAGCAGAAAAUAUAAUAGGAAGCAGGAGGAGGUCAAGAACACCCAAAAGGAAGGUCCAGCCCAUGGAAGACCUGGUCGGCAUCAAAGAGCUCUUCCAAACUCCGGAUCACAUUGUGGAAACAGUGACUGAUGACAGAACCACUAGAAUAGUGUGCCAGUCUCCACAACCAGAACCAGCCAUCACUUUCACCAGCAUCACCAGACAACUCAAAACACCUCUGGGGAAAAUGGAUGUGGAGAAACAGCUCUCACCACUCAGCAAGCUCACAGCAACACCAGGGGACAACACACACUCACAUAGAGAGCCAUUUAAAGAAACUCCAGAAGAGCAACUGGAUUCUGCAGUAUAUGUUACUGGAAGUAGGAGGAGGUCAAAAACACCCAAGAGGAAGGUCCAACCCAUGGAAGACCUGGCCGGCAUCAAAGAGCUCUUCCAAACUCCGGAUCACAUUGUGCAACCAGUGACUGAUGACAAAUCCACCAGAAUGCCCUGCAAAUCUCCAAAAGCAGAGCCAGUCAGCACACCAACCAGCACAAAGAGACGCUUCAGGACACCUCUGGGGAAAGUGGAGGUGGAGGAACAGCUCUCAGCCCUCAGGAAGCCACCACCAAGGGAAACCACACAGUCAUGUAGAGAACCAGAAGGUGAUGAUAAAAACACUGGAUUCUUUAAGGAAACUCCAAAGCAGAAACUGGACUCAGCAGAAAAUGAAACUGGAAGCAGGAGGAGGUCAAGAACACCCAAGAGGAAGGCCCAACCCAUGGAAGACCUGGAUGGCUUCAAAGAGCUCUUCCAAACACCCACCAUGGAACCAGUGACUGAUGAUAAAACCAAAAUACCCUGCAAAUCUCCACACGCAGAGCCAUUUGUCAUGCCCACAGGUAGAAACAAGGAAGGGCUCUCAGCAUCCAGGAGGCCCACACGCACAUUGAGGAAAACCACACAGUCCCACAGAGAACCAGAGAUGGCUGAUAAAGUUAUAUUGUCUAAGGAGACAUUGGACUCUGCAGAAAAUGUAACUAGAAGCAAGAGGAGGCUGAGAACAUGUAAGGAAAAGCCACUGGAAGACCCGGCCCACCUCAAAGAGCUCUUCCAAAUACCAGGUCACACAGAUGGACCAGUGACUGGUGUCAAAACUACUGAAAUGCCCUCCAAAUCCCCACAGCCAGAAUCGAUCAUUGUGCCAGUGCGGAUGAGGAGACAGCUCAGGGCACCGCCAGCGAAGGUGGACGUGGAGGAAGGGCUCUCAGCACCCAGGAGGCCCACACGCACAUUGGGGAAAACCACGCGGUCCCACAGAGGACCAGAGAUGGCUGAUAAAGAUGUCAAAGUGUUUAAGGAAUCUCUCGGACAGAAAUUGGACCCUGCAGAAAAUGUAACUGGAAGCAAGAGGCCAAGAACACGUAGGGAAAAGUCACAGCCCCUGGAAGACCCUGCCCACCUCAAAGAGCUCUUCCAAAUACCAGGUCACACAGACGAACCAGUGACUGGUGUCAAAACCACUGAAACGCCCUCUGAAUCCUCACAGCCAGAAUUGGUCAUCGAGCCAGUGUGCACGAGGAGACAGCUCAGGGCACCGCCAGCGAAGGUGGACAUGGAAGAAGGGCUUCCAGCACCCAGGAGGCCCACACGCACACUGGGGAAACCCACACCUUCCCACAGAGGACCAGAGAUGGCUGAUAAAGAUGUCAAAGUGUUUAAGGAAUCUCUCGGACAGAAAUUGGACGCUGCAGAAAAUGUAACUGGAAGCAAGAGGCCAAGAACACGUAAGGAAAAGUCACAGCCCCUGGAAGACCCUGCCCAUCUCAAAGAGCUCUUCCAAAUACCAGGUCACACAGACGAAAUGCCCUCUGAAUCCUCACAGCCAGAAUUGGUCAUCGAGCCAGUGCGCAUGAGGAGACAGCUCAGGGCACCGCCAGCAAAGGUGGACAUGGAGGAAGGGCUUCCAGCACCCAGGAGGCCCACACGCACACUGGGGAAACCCACACCUUCCCACAGAGGACCAGAGAUGGCUGAUAAAGACUUGAAAGUGUUCAAGGAAUCUCCAAGGCAGAAGCUGGGUCCUGUGGAAAACGCCAUGGUCAGCACACGGCAGCUAAGAUCACGGAAGGGGAAGGCCCAGCCCCUGGAAGGCCCGGCCCACUGCAGACAGCUCUUGCCAAGCCCAGUUCAAGACAAGGAACUGGACACAGGGGCUGAGAGCAUUCCAAGAACUUCAUUGCAAGCACCAGACCAAAGCAAACCUGCAAAACCCAGAAGAGUCCUUAGGGCCCUGAACGGAAAGCCCGGGGAAGACCUGGUGGGCAGCAGAGAGCCUGUCAAAUCACAGAGGGAGAGCAGCAUUUCCCAGCCCCCCGAGAGGAGCCGCGAAGAUGGAAGUCCCCCAGGAAUGAGGAGUCGGCGCACUAGGACCUGUGCACAGGGCACCGCAGAGGAGAAGCCACUGCAGAAGAGACAGGGGACAGACAGGAGUGAGCCACCUGGGCCCUUGAAGAAGAGGCAGAGAGUUUGGGCAGAAAGUACCGAGCCUGUGGCAGACGUGCCCAGCAAGGACGUGCAAACUAAAAAUAUGGUCCGAGAUGUAGAAGACGUGACCUUUUCAAACAAGGGAAUGUCCCUGCGCUCCAGGCUCCCCAAUAAAACUGACAGAGCUGAGCAAAGACCUGAGAUUCUUGUGUCAGCAGAAAAGGUCAAAAUAAAGAGGAACGAAAAGAAGCCUAUGAAUGCCUCCCAAGAGGUGAAGAUUCAAAACCCGGAAGACGGAGCCACGAAUUCCGUACCUGGGGACAAAGUCCAUGAGAGGAGAAGGUGCCUGAGACCCGGCAGGCGAGGUAAGGUGCCCUUGCCCAGUGGAGCCGAGGAGAAAGCAAGGGAGAGAAUGGAGACCCAGGUGAAGACUCAGGAAGAGAAGGAAGGAGCCCAACGUUCAGGCUCCUUGCGCUUGAGAUCAAGGAAGGUGAUGGUCCGUCCCACCGGGGACACUGUGCAGAGUCAGCCCGAACAGCGAGUGACUCGCCGUGCCAAGAGACCUGCGGAAAAGUCAAAGCAGGAGAACGAGGACGCAUGUGUCAAGAAAAUCAGGACCAGGAGUCGCCGGGGCUGCGAAGAUAUUUAGCUAAGACAUUGGGGGGGGGGGGGGUAGUUUAGCGGUAAGUUCGCUGUAAGUUUUAAGGUGAAUUCUGUAAAUAAGGCUAUCCGGGUGCUUAAGGGAAGAAAGCUUUUAUAAAUCUCUGACUGAAUGGUCUACUUCAAAACCCGCAUGGAGGCUCUGAAGGGGGUCUCCUGGGUCUCCUGAAGUGAUAAAAAUGUAAGCUGGGGUGGUGGGUGGGGAGUCUGAGCCAAGCUGUGUCCUUCCAUUUUGCCAAAUGCAGCCCGGAAGUCGGCCCUCCUGGUCGACCCCAUUCCUGGGCUCUAGCACUUGCAUUGUAAAUGCGUCUGUGUGUGUCUGUGUCCCCCAGCAGAACCCCCAGGCAGGGGCUUCUAUCCUUGCGCCCCCACACUGGGCAGGCCCUCAGGGAGCGUUAGGGAUGGACACGUGAAGAUUCAUGGUGCUUACAAGAUACCUCUUCAUGGCGGCGGAGGUAUGUGGGCCGUGCGCUGGGGUGCUGGUUAUCUGCACAGGACAGUCCCCUCCUGUGUCCUUGUCCGUCACUCAGAAUGAAAGUGAAUCGGAAGAUGGCUUGUGACCUCAUCUUCAGGGUACAGGAACCCUGCGCUGGAGGCCUGACUGGUACUGUGCCCUUUUCACUUGAAGAGCAUUUGCCUGAACUAGGGCUGCUCAUCUAGGAAGGGUACCAGCCACCCGCCACCGGCCGGGGUGCCACUAGCUUCCCACUCUGACCCCCCUCAGCUUCUUGUGCUCUGUGCCAUGUACAUUUUCCGAGCUUCUACUGGCCCACCUGUGCUUUUUCUGACGGCACCUGCCAGCCUCCCGGGUGCCCAGCACCCACCGUGCACAGGGAGCUACAUGAGGGGCCUAACGCGAGGCCCCUUCCGACGGCGCCAGACGAGAGGCCUUCCCCGAAGGCCCGCACUCUCGCUGCGAGCCCAGGCCUCCCUGUUUCGGGUCUAGACGCCCAUCCGACUGCUGGCACCUGAUCUUCUGUUCCACUGUGCUCCUCCUGUCCCUCUAUGUCCCUUAAGUCAGCAAGGAGCACGCCUUCGGUACAGUCGCCUGUCUAGAGUCCUCCCCACUCACCUGCCUUGCCAGGCUGAGGUGAGGAUGGAAGACGAGAAGGUGCCUGUCCCCAGUGUAACGGCCGAGCUCCUGUUUGUCCCCUCUUGUCCCAUGUCUGGCAUGGAGCCAGGUUCGCAUAAAAAUAAACUUUUGUCACUGAA